AUGGGAAGCGGUCUGUUAGCGGACUGGGCCCCAACAUGUGUUCUGCAUUCUUCCCUUUUCAAAAUGGCGGACAAGUCAGGAGGAGACCAAUCACCGGAGAAGAUCGAGUCUUUACAAGAGCAAAGCGGCGAUAGAGGACCUCCAGAUCCUCAAAUUAAUGGCACUACUGAAGAGGAGCCUGCGAGGGGAGUGCAGCCUCCAGCAUCGGGCAGCUCUAAAAAGAAGAAAAAGAAGAAAAAGGGAAAGGUCGAUGAAGGAAGUAGUGAGGUUCUUUCAUCGGAAUCUUUAACUUCUUCGGUUGCAAUGAACUUACAGAAUCUUCGACAGCUUCAGAAUUUACAGAAGAGCUUUGAGCUUCUGAGAGCAGGCGAGGUAAAAGCACCGAAGACAACAGAGGAGGCCUUAAGAAAGAAAUAUCAAUUUUGGGAUACCCAACCUGUGCCAAAGUUAGGUGGGGUUUGUUUCGACUUGCAUACUUUGUCAUUAAUUAUCAAAAUAAUUGGUUUUAAUAUUUAUAGUCUGUGUGCACGCGACGAAUUGAAAACUAACAGUUCUUUAUAUUAAGUCUACAUACUUUUCUCUUUAGAGAUAUUUAUAUUUACUGGUUAUGUUUUCAUCUUGAAUGCCAUCAAAUGUUGAUGAGCUUGUGUCUCGGUUCUUAGUCUUUUGAUCUUGAUUUUUAUGUGCUUCCGUUUUAAACAGGUGUAUCUUUUAAAUCCUUUUUAAAAUCAUUUUCGUUCAAGUCGUCCUCGGUGAAUGGCAAAAUGUAACUGAUCACUUGACUACUAUCCUAAUAUUGACAUUGCUGCUUCUGUGAUGAACAAUUUUAAGCUUGUAUUUGGUUUCAUUUAAAUCUCCCUUUGCUUUUAUGUAUGACAAUAAUUUGAUGUUAUAAUGGGUUCAAAUUAAAAGGAAAAUAAAAAGUGAACAAAAGGUAAAACUGAACAGUGACAUAAGCAUUUUUUUUACCAUGCUUUUUCUUUAGUUCAUUAAAUUGCUAAAUAUUAAGCAUUAAGUGUGCCAUUCUAUAAUUAGUAAAAAAUUUUUAAAAUCAUUGUGCAUGUUUUUCAUUUGAAUAGUUUUUUUUCCAGCGAUAAUGCAACAGGGUGCUCCAAACUCAAAUAAUUUGUAAGACUGGUUCCCAGACAAAACUUGGUCACUCUUAAAAAAGGACACUGUUUUUAUUAUGUGAAGUGGUUUGACUUAAUCAUAAAGAAUGCCCCAAAAUGCAAUCAAGCUACAUCUUAAGUAGCCUGAGAAAACAGCCAAAAUUUCCCGACGCCACCACUGGUUUCAGCAAGAAAUGACAUCUGAGGAACAAUUGCAGAAAUUCUAUACUGAUGAUUCGUCACUACCCAGAUCUGCAUAGUGCUUUUGAUUACUUGAGGCAAAUUUUCAGCCAGUAAGAAGCACUACCCAGAUGUGGGUAGCCAAAAUUUCCUGACAUCACCACUGGUUUCACCAAGAAAUGACACCUGAAGAACGAUUGCAGAAAUUCUUUACUGAUGAUGGAUGCGUCACUACCCAGAUCUGCGUAUUGCUUUUGAUUGCUUGAAGCCAAUUUUCAGUCAGUAAGAAGCACCACCCAGAUGUGGGUAGUCAACAUUUCCUGAUAUCACCACUGGUUUCCUCUGGUUUCCUUUCUCAAGCUUCCUCUCAAGGCUUAACACACAGGAAUGUAGGUGUAAAUAAGACAAUAGAGCAAAGCCAUUUCCUUAUGAAACAAAUUCAGUUAUAAUAUUUUAUACAUUUUAGCAACAGAAGGUUUUUUGGUGUCUUUGGGAUCCAUUGUUCAAUAUUGUAGCUAGUCUACACUUCUUUAUGGAAAUUAAUUCAUUAUACCACCGUACAAAUGUUUUUGUUAUUCUCUAACUCUUCAGAUGAGGAAGUGAGCGAAUGCGGGUGUAUUGAAGAGAACAAACCAAUUGAGGAGCUGAGAAGUGACCCUUACACUCUCCCACAAGGCUUUGUCUGGGACACUCUGGAUAUCAGCAAUGAGAAAGUGGUAUGUUGAAAUUUACUGCCGGAGCGAAUUAUAGUGCAAUGAACUCGACUGGAACCACUCAUUUCACAAUCACAGCAAAGGAAGGGGUGGCGAAUGGUACCUCGGAAAAACAUGGGUCUCGGAAAAUUUUGUCAGGAUCUCGAAAUCUCGGAAGCGUUUAUGAUAAGUCUCGAAGUCUUGUUUUUUCAUGGUUUGUUUAAUUUUACUUUUUUGAGUCUCGAAACUUUUUACCAAAGAGUCUCGAGCUCGGAUUUCUAACUAGGAUCUCGGUGUCUCGGCGAGUCUCGGAUUUUUCCAUUCGCCACCCCUAAAGGAGUCUGACUUUGUUGUGAAAGCUUUUUUUUUUGUCCUGGUUGAGUUGGUUGGGCUAUAAAGCCGGUUUUCCGUAAAAUAAUAUCAGUAACAAUCUGUACCAUCACUGAAAAAAGGUUCAGCGAAUAAUUCAAGCAUUACAUUGUAAUAUGGAAAUCAGCUUUGCAACAGAAGCAAAUUGUAAUAAUAUUGUCACUUGACCCUAACCGUGAAUAACUCCUUUAGUGUUGUUGAUCAAGUGAAGAGAGUUAAGCUCUAACAAUAAAUGGUAGCCAUAGAGUCUUAAUAAGAACUGUUUAAAUAGCAAGACGGGUUUCAGAAAUCUAAGAUGGUUUCCUUCGUCAGUUGCUUUUACAGUUAGUGCUUGUGUGGUUGUGAGCAAAAGAAUCGAAAGUGACUUUAUGGCUGGAAAAGUUCCCUUUUUAUAGGCAAAGAAGGAAUGCGUUGUUAGAGGAAGUAACCAAUUAGAAGUGUAGCAUUUUGAUCCAUUAUGCUUGAAUUUGGGUGUUCUUUUGUUAGCAGUAAGCAAUAGAAGCUAUUAAACUGAACGCAUGCAAAUUUGCGUUAGGACAACCUUUGAUAAAACUUCAUAAUGGUUUUUAACAAGUAAUCCCUUCGAAAAUGCAUAAGAAAGUCAACAAUAAAGGCGAGUCUUAUUUUGAUUUUAACACAAAUCAUGAGACUCUGACAGUUAUUGGAGUGAAGUUCAUAAGGUGGUAGUGUAUUAAUAUUCUUGACCAAAAUCCUCUGUUGUCUAUGUUACAGGUCAAAAUUAAAUUCAAAAUAAAAUUUUUUAACCAUACAUGUAGGUUGAAUGAUUCUCUAUUUCCUUUGUCUCCUAGCCCUAAUUCAUGAAUAAUAGGGUUAGGAGACAAAAUAGAGAAUCAACCUACAGUUAAAAAAUUUUAUCAUCAAUUUGAUUUUGACCGGUAGAUGUAAUAUCUAUACCAUUGCCUUACCGUACAUGUAGUUUAACACCAAGGGCAUGUUAUUGACACAGAUAUAUCAUUGAAGUACUAGUUGGGCAACGCUUCUCCUAAAAUGGCCACCAGCUAUAAAAACAGAUAGCAAUACAGUGUUUGAUGUAACUUCUUAAAACUGGAACCAAUGAUAAUUAUUAAUGAUAACUAUUAUUGAAAGGACCAUUCAAAAAAAAAAAUGUUCUGUCAAAGCGUUAUCUGAGCUGAUAAUGAAGGGUAGACAACUAGGUGAUGUUUAGACACUGAAGUGACAAUAUCUAGAGCAUUUAUAGUAGUCACUAGUAUUAUUUAAGUUUAUUUAUUUAUUUACUUUGAACAGCUAAAGGAGCUAUACACAUUGCUAAAUGAAAACUAUGUGGAAGAUGAUGACAAUAUGUUUAGAUUUGACUAUUCUCCAGAAUUUCUUUUGUGGUAAGUUUAUUGUCUUAUUUUGACGAAUUACAUUAAUGAAAUUCAGAACUGGUGAAUGAGAUGAACUUUUUUCUAAGAGCCAUAUAUUGGUCAAUUUGGUGACCUUUCUUUAAUUUGGUCAUCAGUUUAGAAAAGUUAAAGGCAUUUAGGGUCUGUAUUCAGUAGUCAUAAUGUCUGUUAACCCUUUUAAUAAGCCCUGAGAGUGAUCAGCAUCAAAUUUCUCCUUGUAAUAUCACCGCGUUAUAAAACACAGUGGUCAUGAGAAUUGAGCACAUGAUCAUACAAGAUGAAUCUAAUUGAUAGUUCAACAAAUUCUCCCCACUACUACCAUUGAAAACGUAUAGGGAUAACAAAUAAGAAAUUGAAUUUUGAUGUUAGGUUUUAAAGGGUUUUAAUUUAUUAUUAAUUUAGUCUGACUCACUAAGUGCCAGUGUGUCCUUAAUUUCAUUUUUACCAAUUGCAUGUGCAUACAACAUAAUGUUUUUCUUGCAAUCAAAGUUUUUGUAAGAAUUUUUGAUUUUUUUUUUUGUAUUUUAAUAAAUUUUUAUUUUGUCUUACAAUAAAUUCAUGUAUUGUGAUGUUUUACACACGGUCACUUAUGAACAUGAAAAAGGAUACAAAAAAAUGAAAAGAAAAGAAAACUAGAGUGAUUUUACUUGACCCGUGAAACAGGUAAUAAUACUUACAAAUAAACCAAAAAAGACUGUAGAAUUAGUUCAUAAUAUAGUCUGUACCAUUCUACUACCUAUUUCGUACACACACAAUUACAUACUGAUAAAAUACUGAUAAGAUUUGUUGAUCCAUGUUUAAAUUUAAUUUUUAAGUUAUGUAACAAAUGAUCUUUCAGGGCUCUUAAACCUCCUGGCUGGAAAUCAGAAUGGCACUGUGGUGUGCGUGUCGCAAGUAACAAGAAGCUGGUUGGUUUUAUCAGUGCUAUUCCUGCACACAUCAGAGUUUACAAACAGUAAGUAGUGACAUCCAGUUAACUGAAUUGUCAUCACUCCAUUCAAAAGUCCAAAGUACUUGUAUAUUUGUCACUUAUGUGUACAAAUGUGUUUCUCAUGCACGUGCCACCUGUGAUGGCAUACAUAUGUAGCUCCAGGUAUUGCCUGUGACACUCACAAGGACUUGAAGACAGUUGUUGGCAGAAUUCAAAACACUGCAAGAUGAUUUUUACCGUCAAACUCACAAAACCAUAAACACCUGAAAAAAUAAAUUUCAGGAAUUUUGAUUGUGUAGUGACCUUGGGAAUCGCAAUAAAAAAUUUCAGGACACGCGAGCUAACUAUAAAACCACAAACUAAUUACCAUUUUUGUUUGCAGUAUAGUUUUUGCACGCCUUAUUAGCUUUCUUCUCGCAACACAAUAAAAUAAUUUCCAUAAAAUAAUUCUCUGGUUCAAUGGUUAAUGGUUUUGUGAGUUUCACAGUAAAGAGUUUUGAAAACAUAUCUUGUGUUUGGUCUAUGUUGCUGGUAUGCUUGAAAGUAGAAAUAAUUUUCAGUCAAAGUCUGUGAAAAGUAAAUCAAUUGCCAGUCUGCUGAAUUUCCUUUGUUGAAAAGAUCUUUUAUGCAACUUCUUCACUGAGUCCCCCUUCCUCAGAAUCCUCCUCAGAAUCUGAUGGUCACUAAAGAAAUAAAAUAUAACUUUCCAUUAUUCACCCUUGGCAAUGUAUUUAUAGCAAUUAUUCUAUUGUAGCCAAGCAAAUUCCUAACACAAAUAAUUCAAAUCAAACUUUACAGGUUUAAGAAUUCCAACUGCUAGAAGGCAAACCAGUUGGCUAUUUUACAAGUGCUCUUAUCACUGAACAAUCCCUGCCCUCCAGGAAGCAGAGUUAACAGAAUUUUCUGUACCUUGUGCAUUCCAUCUUAAGUCAUUUUUUGUUAUCUUUGUCAAGGACUGUCUUGAUGGUUGAAAUCAACUUCCUGUGUGUACACAAGAAGCUACGAUCAAAGAGAGUGGCCCCUGUGCUGAUAAGAGAGAUUACCAGGAGAGUCAACUUGCAGGGCAUCUUCCAGGCUGUUUACACUGCAGGUGUGGUGCUGCCUAAGCCAGUGGCAUGCUGUAGGUAGGUACUCAUGCAUACGAUAUCAUCAUCAUUAAUCUUGGUGACUCAGACUAAGUCUGUGAUGGGCUCUCUAUCUGAAGUACAGUAACACCUCCUGAUCAGCCAAAAGACUAGCAAGCUCUUUCCUACACUACUCUGCAUCUUUUCAUGAAAUAUAUUGUACAUGUACAGUACCAGGUACAGUAUAUACUGCCUUUGCAGACUGUCUAGAAAUCUGUUUGCUAAAUUCCUGACCUGUGGCUACUGCUGGUAAUAGUAUUAUCAUUGUCAGCCCCCUUAAGAUGAGACAGUGACAUAAGGAGUCAUCUUUGGAUGUUAUUUUAGACUGUGUUCAAAAGCUGGUGAUUGAUAUAUUUCUGCUGAAUAGUUUGAACCCAAGGGUCAUUUUGUAAGUAGGCAGUUGAACUAGAGUCUAAUACCAUCAAGUGAUAUGAUACAACUCACCUCGACUCUGAAGAUGGCUACCACACAGGUUGUCAAAAUGUCAGUCACUGUGAACAAAAGUCCUAUUCAGGGCUAGUACACUCACUGGGUGAUCGUGCAUUUCUGUUUACUGUAUAAUGGGAGUGAGAUUUGGAUCCACACGCUAUAAUUUACUCCUUAAGCACGAAACUGUACAUAUUGUGUAAAUUUCACUCUCCAUUUAGCCGUGAUUUCUGCCAUUCUCUCGGUCCUCCCCUACUCACAGGGGGUGGUGGGAGCACAGGCUCAUUUCAUGGACAUUGGUUGGUAGUUGAGCCUACCCUCGGCUCCAAUAUGAUCUUAAAAUUUUAAAACUACUGUAGUAGAUUCCUUGGAUGUUGUUUUCUUAUUUUCUGUUGUUUUUACCCUUACUCUGUACACUGUAGAUACUGGCACAGGUCGCUUAAUCCAAAGAAGCUUGUUGAAGUCAAGUUUUCACACCUUAGCCGUAACAUGACUAUGCAGAGGACAGUCAAACUGUACAGAUUACCUGAAGUAAGAAGUUACAAGUGACAGCAUAAGUUCUUUCUUCUACUACUGAAAUCACUUAACUUUAGCACCUCCCCAAAAACGAUUAUUUGAAUUUUUGAAUCGCAUGACUGUUUUGAGUGCCUUGUUUGGUCAUGUGACUCUCCCUUAUUUUCUGAAUUCAAUAAUGAUGGUUUGGAGUUCUAAUAAUGAUAAAUAAUAAUAAUUCCAUUUUUUAACCUCGGCAGUAUUUAUAGCACUAAUGCUAGUGGGGCUGAGAAAAUGCCUGAAGCAAACAAUUCAAAUUGAACUUAAGAGGGUUAAGAAUCCCAACUAGCCGGACACAAAACAGCUGGCUGUUUACAAGCAUGGCUGAGGAUUGGAACUCAGGGCUACCCAGAGCAAAUCAAGCUAGAGGUCAGAGUGGGCCUUGAACUUAGGGUCACAGAUUUGCAAGCCCAGUGCUCUAACCACUUGACCACACUGCCUCCAUAAUGCUCUAAAACUGCCAGGAUAGAAUUCUGUUGAUACAUAUUAACCUUCGCCCAACGUUAUCAUUAACAGUAAGUAACCUCACAUCUCAGACUUCCUAAUUGUGUCCUAUGUUGAAAAGUUGUUUCGUGAGCAUCCAUGAUCAUUUCAACCAGGAGCUAUUUCACGAGCUAGUUGAACCAUUGUUAAUUGUCAAAAUUAGGGAAUUGUCAUGCGAGCUAUUCAAAAAAUUCAAAUGCAAACGAUUCUGUUUUGUUUUGUUUUGGUUUUUUUUGUGCCUACAGUUAAGUCAUUUCGGUAGUAUUUGGUGCCCUAAAUUUUGUGGUACAUUAUGCUUAAACUAGGGCUCAAAGCAGCGUGAACUUGCUUUAAUGGAAUUUUUUCCAUUAAAUUUUUCUUUUUGCAGAACGAAUUAGACUUUGAGUGACUUUGAAUUUUUCCUUAAUUGUUACAUUGUUGUGUAAAAAAUGACAUUAUUCAAGAGACUGUGUUCUGAAGAGAGCCCCAUGCUCUGAACCUGUUAUAUCCAGCGUGCCCGGAAUAAUUAUGGGGAUUUCUAGGGGAAAAAAACAACAACAACAAGAUUUUCUAGUCACCCAGUUGCUGCUAGAGCACAGCAUUUGAAGUAUUUUUUUGCAUUUAUUGGCACCGCACCAGUAAAAGCAAAUGCUGAGCAUAAAGAAGUGUUAAGAGUUUGAUGCACCUCGUUUUUUUUUUUUAUUGUCUCUCAGAAAACCAAGACUGAAAGAAUUUAUCCUCUUACAACUGAAGACAUGACUGCUGCUUUUGAAAAGAUAACUGAGGUCAGUGUGACAGACUUACUACUUCCGAUUAAGCGUUUUAUCAUAACGUCACGGUGGCCACAUUGGUGUUCUAAGGCCAUUUUUCAAAUAAUUGAGCCAUUUCUCGCGCGUUGAUUGGUAGAGAGCCAUGAUCGAUAAGAGGAAAGAUCAUGGGAAUGACGUCAUGGUGGCGGAAUUUCUUUUUCUUUUUCUCUCUUGCGCGAUUUUCCGAGAAACGUCGACGAAAUGGACGUCAAAUCUGUCAAUAGACAGCGAGGACGACGACUACGAGUACGAGAUUUUCUCGUCAUUUUUGCGGGAAAACGUGAUAGCCGGCGUCAUUCCACAACGGGUUUUAGCGAGAAUGUCGUAGUGACGGGAACAAGUUUAGUUAUCAAAUGGAAGAAGUUUUAUCAGCUUGCUAUCGGAGAGGACUUAACCUCCUUCAGCAUAAAUAACUGUUCUAACAUUUCUGGUGAAAAAAAAAAAAGGAAAAUGAAUUGAGCUUUCCGGGGCACCUUAUUCUGAGUACACGCCCGGAAACAUUAAGUUAAGUCUCAUACUCGUUCUUGUCCUCAAAUCUAAAGCUCUCUAUUGUUAUUGUAAAAAAGCAAAUCAACAACAAUUUUCCAUGGUCUGUAUUCUUAUGGGCCAAAAAAUGACGUGAAAAUGUUCAAAACUUUGCAGUGAAAGCACUCGUCGGCGGCUGGUGGUUCCACUUGAGUUUUGGUUUCCUUAGUAUGGUCGAUAACAGUACAGACCAUGGAAAAUUCUUGUCGAUUUGUGAAGUCCACACGAAUCCGGACAUUUUUAAAGCUUUAUUUUUUUUCUACCCGGUUUCACGUGAACGGAGUUUUCAACCGUUACUGACAGCAGUUUAAAAAAAUGUGGUUUCGGUGUCAUGUAUCAGAGCGGAUUCACUGCUUUCGUGCAGAGGAGGUUGGACACGGCCCUCAAGGUAUCAUGGGGCGAAUUAUCGAAUUGCGCGCCGGUGGAAUCAUUUGCCUCGAACCUGCGAGGAGUAUGGAUUUCCAGUUUUCCCAAAUGUUAGCUCUAAGAAGCGCUGGAUCGCCCUAGAUUGCCUUUUUUCCCCUUCCUUUUGUUUAGUUAGUGUUCUUUACUCACAAAAAUGGCAGAGUGUUAUCCUAAGCGCGGGUUUUAUUCGGACGAUCUAUCGAAGACUCGAAAGCAGUAGAUGGUAAUCCUAGAAACGCACCUUUCUUUUCGACUUUUGCGCUGCAACAAAACUACUGCACAUCUUGAAAUAAACGCACAUUCCUUCAGGUAAAAUAAGCAACGAGUAAAUUCGGCCAUGUCAUUGGUUGAUUAGUCCUACCAAGAUGCAUUUCGGACCUUUUCCAACCUCCUCUGGCUCUCCUGUGUGAGCGAAAGGCUGAUUCGUGUAAUAAAAUAUGUGGUUUCAAAAAUAUCCGGAUUCGUUUCAAUGUAGACUAAGGGCGUGUUUACAUGGAGGUGGGGGACCCCAGGUAUGUGAGGUAACCCACUUCGGUGGGGUAACCCGCCUGUCCACAUUGUCUCUCAUUUUAAUUUGAUCACGUUUACAUGAUAGGUGGGGUGACCCGCCGCAUGUUACCUCACCUAUCUGGGGACCCCACCUCCAUGUAAACAGGCCCUAAAACAAUAAUACGUUAGUGUUCCAAUCCAAUUCUGUUGUUCCAAUAAAUUUGCACACAUAUUGGCCAAGUGAUUGUAGACGAUCUAUGGCUGCAUGGCAUAUCAGUGGAUAAUAGUUUUGGCCAUGAGGCUAUCUGAAGAAAGUUAAUAAAUGCUUGGCUGAGUCAACUACAUUACAACUGUGAACUUUUGAUUUUUUUAUCACCUUGCUCCCUCUGGUUACAGUAAGUGAAUUCUAAAAUUAGGUGUACGUGAACGUGACUGUAAAAGGGAAAGUCCUUGGAAUCCAGAUAUCUCUUCUACCCUUGAUUUUUCAAACCUUUAAUUACUGAAAAUGGUCCAUUAUGGUAACGGGAAUUCUCGGCCCAUGCGAUCCAAAAAAUCUGACUAUUCCACGAUUUUGGCAGCGACUUACGUCUCUGUCUGUAUAUUUGUUUGUUUUUGGUCGUUUGUUUGAUCUUUUGUUGAUGUAUCUGGCGUUUUUGUAUUUAACAGUAUUUGAAGAAAUUUAACUUGGCACCAGUAUUUUCUGAGGUAAGAGUUUUACCUUUGUGGUAUUUCAAACUUUACUUAUUUUAGCGUCUUUUUGUUUCGUUUGAGACAAAGGUGUCAGUUUAUGUAGGUAGUAUGACUUGUUCAUGACAAUCCAUUUAUUUUAAAAAGCUAAGUUAAGCCCGAAACAAUUCUGGUCGGCGGCCUUCCCUGUCGUGGGCAUGCGAAGUGGUCGGGGUCUGCAGGUGGUCGCGUGGUUUUACAGCACUGUCGUUGAGGUCAACUCAUUCUCACGUGGGUUUUGCCAGUUUCGAUUGAGCUCGGCGAUUUAACUCCCUGCCCUCCCUCCCUCUCUGUAGAAGGUAUGAGGUAAAUCAUCGUUCCACUGUUUUUCAGUGUGUGGUGGUUGCCGCUCACAGGGUUGACAUGGUUACCCUACGCGCUAGGCUCUUGCACUUGUGGCUCCACCAUCUUUCCAGGCACCUUCCCCAAGCUUAUCUAUUGUUGAUGAGUUUAAACCUGUUUGUUUGUUCGUUUAUUCAUCUGUGUUUAUCCUGGCGCCAUAUCGUGAAUUACCUUUAAGAAUAGUAACGUCGUCUAAAUGUAUGAAAUUCCCCCUGGUCGCUACUAGCAGUGUUGAUCGACUGCGCUAAGCCUUCAUGUAACAAUGUUAUUAGCCUACCAAAAAGAACCGAAGUAGUGCUUGUGUAGUACUUUUGAUUGGUUGAAAAUUUCCGUAAUACUAAACCGAUUAGAAGCACUACCAAGGUCAGGGUAGUGAGACGUCAUCAGUGUGGAAUAUCUGCAGUCGUUCCUCAGAUGUAAUAUUUUUCGCGAGGAAGCCGUUGGUGGCGCCGCGAAAUGUCGGCUGUUUUCUUUGAGGGAGAGAAGCGACGACGGGAAAUACGUCUGCUGGUCGCAGGCUAGUCGAUUAGCGAUUUUGGACAUUUUUAAAGUAAGUUACGCUCGAUAGAACUAAUGGUACGAAAUCGAAAUAGGGGGCCUAGCGGGGUGAAUCCGAUCGGGGGCGAAGCGUAUUGCAGUGAAAACGGAGAGCAAAACUGCAAGGAGACAUGAAAAAUACACGUCUUCUCACGCGCCUUUCACCUAAUCUUGAAUCCACAUUUUUUCCUCGCCACGCGCCUUGAGAAAAACGAUUCUCGUUUCAUGCGACGAAAACCGACUGUUUUGAAGUCCAAUAUUAAGGAGCUUAAGCAACGUCGAAAGCGACGGCAACGAGAGCGGCAAAAAAGAAACAGGUGUAGAUUAGCAAAAACGACAACUUUGCACGUACAUCACGCUUUAUUGACAUUUCUUUGCCGUCACUGCACGACUACGACGUGAAAAUGUGGAGAACAUGAAAACAAAAGACAACGACUUUUUUUUUUCUUUCCCGGAACUUUAGAAGAAAAUGCCAACAUUUGACGAAUUGAACGAGAUGGAAUAAGCGCGAUAAAAUUUGAAAGCAGCGCGACUUCACUUUUCAAGUGACGUUAUCGUAGCCGUCGCCGUCGAUGUUGCUUAAUUAAGCUCCCUAUUUAAUGCCAACCAACUGCCCCCAGCGAAAGAAAUUUGUUUUUCUUUUUGCAGGAAGAUUUCAUACACUGGUUUACACCACGAGAAGGAAUAGUGGACUCCUUCGUAGUCAAGGUAAAAUCUACUGAAAUGAUUUGAGAGAAGGAACAUUCGUUGCCCAUGCCCAGAAUUAAUUAAUUUAUUUAUUUGCUCAGUCUUUUGAGUGAAUUAAAUUACGUUGUGGUCGAAAUAGAAGGUGGUUUGUCAUGCUAUUGUUCUUUUUAAGUGAAUGUUUACUUGCUAUUUGUUUCGUAACUUUGUUACCAGACAAUUUAAUUUUUGUCAAUACUUAUGCAAAAUUACUCUUGGAUGCGGCAGGCGAGUGGGGCACCGGUGUUACAAAAUAUAAGCUUAAAUGUGUAUCAAAAGAGACCUUUAGAUUCUAAGAGGCCGGCUACGAGAACAAGCGUGAACCUGCAUCAUUUUGGCGGGAAAACGUGAUAGCCGUCGUCAUUCUCCUUCUAUACGUGUGUUAGCGAAAAUGGUCGUAGUGACGGAAACAAGCUAUCAAUUGUUAGACGUUUUAUCAUAUUGUGACCGGGAGACAGCUUAACCUCUUCCAAUAAAGAUAACAGACUGCUAACUUUUGUCGUAAAAAAAGUACGAUGAACCAUUCCGGGGUGUGUAUUUUUUUUGGCAAUACGCAAGAAAACUUUAGAUCAAAUCUCGCACUCGUAGUCGUUCUUGUCCUCGAAUCUAAAGGUCUCCAAUGUCUUAGUGGAGGAAACAAGUUGUUACACGUUCGAAGUUUUAUUAUUUUGCGCUCGGGAGAGGGCUUAACCACCUUCAAUAAAAACAACCGUGUUACCUCUGUGGUGAAAAAAAAAGAAGCCUUCAGCGGUGUCUAUUUUUUCAGAAUACGCGACAAAAACUUUUAGUCAAAUCUCGACCUCGUACUACUCGUCCUCGUCCUCGAAUGUAAAGGUCUCUAAUAUUUGCUUUAACAGGACGAAGAAGGGAAAGUGACGGACAUGAUCAGUUUUUACACUUUACCGUCCACGGUGAUGCAUCAUCCAACCCACAAGCAGCUCAAAGCUGCUUAUUCAUUCUACAAUGUCAGUGAAAAGACGCCGCUUGUGGACCUCAUGCAGGAUGCACUUAUACUCGCCAAACAGGUAAGGACAAUUCGCCACUUUAGGAACGAGAAGGGGACUGGGUCGAGUUAACUUUCGCAAAGACUUGUGGGGCUGGGAAAAUUGGUCAGUAUUAGAUCCCUUGGACACCUUAUGAAGUUGACACAACGUAGUAUUCUUUAUUGCUUCUACACUACACUUGUAGGAAAUUUCUAAGUUUCUUGACAUUCCUGAUCAGGAAAUGUUCACGAAGUGCAAGUCUCUAUAAUUCUUAAGGAAAAAAAAUUCGGAAGAGCGAUAACAAGACUCCAACCCGGAGCGUUAUGUUUACAGUCUAUCACCUAUACCACUACGUCACUGAGGAUUUGCUGGCGAGUAAUGGUUUGAUUUGAAGCUUUAUAACAACAACCCUAACCCUAAAUAGAAGCUAACCUUUUGGAGUCAGUUCUUAGCCCUAAUCACUAUUUUCGGUGCUUAACUCUAAUCAGUAUUGUUGCUUAACCCGAAGCGAUAAGGAAGAUUUGGUUGGUAAACUUCGUAAGGUGUCCAAGAGGGCUUAGGUCGAUGGGAUCUAAUGCUAACCAGGGAAAUUGGCCAAUAGGGACCUUACGAUCCGAGAACGGCGACGUCCACAAAAACGUCGCUGAAGAAAUAGACUUCGCAUCCUUUUAAACUAUUUCGCGAUUAUCCGAAUACGCCAUGUUACUUAAAAGAAGGGAAUUUUCGCUGGAGCUGAAGAGAGGGGAACGCGCUCAAUUUCGGACAGAGAUGGUAGAAUUUAUCGCCUAGCCGUUCCCGUUCUUAAGUAAACUUAAAAUUUGGUCAUUUCACGUCAUAGUUGUGCAGGGACAGCAAAGAAAUGUAAAAAAAAGUGUGAUGCAUGUGCAGAGUUUUUGUUUUGCUCAUUGAACCUAUUGCUUGUUUGACGUUCUCCUUGCCGUGGCCGUCGUAGUUUCGUAAGGUCCCGAAUAUCGGACCGGCGCGUGCCCGGUUACGAUCUCAGAAGUCUUUGUGAAAGCUAACCCGACCCAGUUUUCUUUUGGUUUUGAAAGUAGAAAAAUUGCGAGUGAACGCCUGACACUUCCUCAUUUCCCGGAGAAGUGGCAGUCAGUCGGGUCGGGAAAAUGGCGCUACGAAAGUUUUCAAGCACGGGCAAAAGAGCCUGUCGCCAUCUUUGAUUUUGACAGUUUGGGAGAGCUAUCAAUGGACAAAUAUGAUACAAACAACAUGACGACAGUGUCGACGGUGCGCGCAGACCUAAAAACCCACUUGACCAUUGGCAGAGCGGCAAAUUGAACACCGGAAGUCGCGUCCAGGCCCGGGUUGCUCGAAGCAUGGUUAGUGCUAACCAGCGUUAAAUACCAUGGAAACCUAUACAAUUUGAUACCUCUUAACCAACGGUUAGCGCUAACGAGGCUUCGAGCAACCGGCCCCAGGCCUUUCCGCGCGCUUUGCGUUCUCAUUCGAUGUUGCUAAAUCUGUACUUACAAUCUGGGAAAAUUUAAACAUUGGCGCCAAGUACGAACCUAGCGACCCAGGAAUGAGUGGCUUGUGUCUCUGCAGAGGCUCUGGUGCUUGAGAUAACGCUUCUCACUUCUUUUGUUGAGUUUUGCGUGUAAACCAGGAUAAAGCAGGCAUGAGCACAAACAUAAGGCGCGAAUUACGUGAAUUAUGUGAAAAGGAGGAGACUGUGUAUGUUGAUGUGUAGCAGCAGACGUUCUUUUGACUCGUCAGGCAAUCCUCGUCAACGAACGUCUUUGGCUUGUCACGUAAUCCUCGCCAACAAACGUCUAUCGUCACGCCAAAAAGAUUGUAGGCAAUGGAAAAGUGCUCUCGAUUUGUUAAAUGGACUUGUGCAUUCUUUGCCUGUACUUUGAUUUGCAGCGUGGUUUUGAUGUGUUCAAUGCUCUGGAUCUCAUGGACAACAAAGAUUUUUUAGAAAAACUGAAGUUUGGCAUCGGUGAUGGAAACCUACAGUACUACCUGUACAACUGGAAAUGUCCCGGCAUGACACCUGAACAGGUUCGUUAU